AUGAUGCCGUUUAACGAAGAACCCGAGCGCCAGCGAGAAGAUGAAGUCAUGCUCGCGAGAGCGUUCAAUCUCGUUGUCGCCGUCGUCGCACAAGGUGUCAUCGAUGUUGAGAAGUCCCUCGCCAAUCCGCUUGGAAUACUGGAGCGCAUGCGGCGUUCCUGA